AUGUUGAAUGUAAUAUACAAUGACGACAACUGGAAAUUUAUUUUUCCAAUUUUAUUCAAUUUCGUGAUGUCAGUUACUGUGUAUUUUUUAACUGUACGUUUAAUACCGAGAAUAAAAGAUAUGUUUGUCAAAGCUAACCUAUAUGGCAUUGAUAUGAAUAAGAAAAGUGGUGAAAAAGUGCCCGAAGCUUUAGGUGUUGUCACUGGAUGUCUUUUUCUUAUAACAUUGUUCUUAUUUAUUCCUAUACCAUUUACAAACUACAUAUUCAAUGAUACAAACUUUCCUCAUAGUGAGUUUAUGGAAUUUUUGGCAGCUUUGCUUUCAAUUUGUUGUAUGUUACUUUUGGGGUUUGCCGAUGAUGUUUUGGAUCUUCGUUGGAGGCACAAAUUAUUAUUGCCAACUAUUGCUUCUUUACCACUUUUAAUGGUGUAUUAUAUCAAUUUUAAUUCUACACUAAUUAUUGUGCCAAAACCCUUAAGACCAUGGUUUGGUUUUUCGGUGGAUCUUUGGAUAUUUUAUUAUUUAUACAUGGGGAUGCUGGCAGUGUUUUGCACAAAUGCUAUAAACAUAUUAGCUGGUAUAAAUGGUUUAGAAGUUGGACAAAGUUUAGUAUUUGUGGGCGAUACUUUUUGUUAUUUAUCUGGAAUGACGUUUGCCGUUGUUGGUAUCAUCGGACAUUUCAGUAAAACAAUUUUAUUAUUUUUCAUUCCACAAAUAAUUAAUUUUCUUUAUAGUGUACCGCAAUUAUUUCAUUUUAUACCAUGUCCUAGACAUAGACUACCAAAGUAAAUUCAUAGCAUGGAUAUUUAGAAAAUUAAAUAUAAUACAUUGGCAAGAAGAUGACCAUGGUAUUGUUACUUGCAAUAAUUUUACACUAAUUAACUUUGUGCUUAUUAAGAUUGGUCCAAUGAAAGAACCUACACUUACAUUAGUUUUGUUGCUAAUUCAGGUAUUAAUAUCACGAUUAAAUAUAAAAAAAAUAAUUUCUAACAUGCUUUUCGAUAUUUACAUAUUCUAAUGUGUUAAAAAUUUUUAAUGUUUCAGAUUGUUAGCAGUUCAUUGGCAUUUCUCAUUAGAUAUCCUCUUGCUUCAAUAUUCUACGAAGUUUGAAAAAGCAUAUGUUCAAAAACUGUAGAAUUUUAUACUUUAUAUAUUGUUUUAUAAUGAAAUGUAGAAAGUAUUUCACCUGAAAUUUAUAUCAUGAUUUACUAUUAUUAUUAGUAAAAAUAUUUAUAAAGUUGAUCUUUAUACGUAUCUGUCUACAGAAAACUAAUAAUAAAAUAGCUUCUUUCGAGGUGAUUCAAUUUUUAUCUAAACAUUUUUUGCUACGAAUAAUAAUAAUAAUGAUAAUGAUAAUAGUGUAAAUCAAUUUGAAAUGAGACCUUCUGGAUAAUUGUAUAAUAAUCUUUCAAUAUAAAUGUACUUUUAUGCUUGCAUUUAUUGACGGUUUAUAUAGCGGUUAUUUCGCAAUUAUGAGAAUAUUAUUUUGUUUAUUAUUAUCAGGAAAUAAAACAUGUUCCUUUACUGUUUGUAAAAUUUAAUAAUUUUCAAUUAUAAAUAUCACAGUGCAUUGGAAGUUUGGAUUAAAUGAUGAAAUGAAGUUCAUAAUAUUUGGAAAAUAAUAUAACACAUAAUAACAUUGACAGUUUUAUAUAUAAAUUAUACAUAAUGGAUUAAAAAUUUUAUAAGCUUUAUACACAAUUUUAUAAGCUUUAUACACAAAAUAAUACAAAAUACAAUUUUGGACUCAUGAUUAGUUGACAAACUACUAUAAAUUAUUAUUAAAUUAUGCAUAUUUCCAAUUAUUUUUUAUCAGCAACAUUCAUAUAUAUAUAUAUAUUCUUUGCUGUAUUUGGAAAAUUUUAUGUAUAUAUAUAUAUAUAAUAUAUAUUAUAUAUAAUAUAUUUAUAUAUAAUAUAUAUAUAUUUUAAAAUAUAUUUUUCCAAAUACAGCAAAGAAUUUUUAGAAUACUUAAGUAAUUUAAAGCUAAUUGCGGCAAAUUUGUAUAACAAUGCAAAUAGAGUACAACUUUUUUUAUAAAAAUUUUAGAUCAACAAUUAUAGUGAUAAUAGGCAUUUUGUUUUUUGCAAGAUCUUAAAUCUAAUAAAAAAAAACUAA